AUGUCUGGCCCAGAGAAUGUCCUUAUCGUCGGCGCAAAUCGGGGAAUCGGCUUCGAACUGGCGACCCGAUUCGUCAAGAAGGGGUACAAUGUCUGGGGCACAUACCGGCCCCAGACGCGGGGCGAUAGCUCAGUGUCGGACCUCAAAGGAAGCGGGGUGCAUACGAUAGAGCUCGACUUUACCGACGAGGCUUCCAUCAAUGCCGCAGCGCAAGAGUACGGCAACAGGCCGCUCGGCAUCCUGGUCAACUGUGCAGGCGUCUACCACCAGUGGGAUGACAAGGCGUUCACGGAACUGUCCGCGGAGGAUUUGAUGGUCCACUUCAAGGUCAACGUCGUGGGCCCGUUUCUUGCAUCCAAGGCCUUCCUCCCAGCGCUCGAGAGGGCGGGCCAGGGCAAGAUCGUCAACGUGUCGUCGGACAUGGCGAGCAUCGCCGACAACACGGGCGGCAACGCCUGCUACCGCGUGUCCAAGGCGGGCGUCAACCAGCUGACCAAGACCAUGGCCGUCGACCUGGCCAAGCUGGGGUCCAAGGUGCUGGCGCUGGCCGUGCACCCGGGCUUCGUGGCGACCAAGAUGACGGGGUACUUUGGGAAGGACGACAUGGACGAGUGCAUGGCGGCGCUGGCCGAUGUCAUUGUGCGAUUCGGCACUGCCGACGGCGCGGCGAUUCCCCACGGGGGCUACGUGAGGUGGAAUGGCGAUAUCAUGGCCUAUUAA